CCGCGUCGCUCGUUGGCGCUUCCCUUCCCAGCGUACCCCGCGGCGGCGGCGCAGGCGCUUCUCCGCUCGGUGACCUUCGCUGCCGGCGCGCGCGCUCCUGCCGUUAACGAUGUUGCAGAGCAUGGUUCCAAAGUCAGUCAGAGCCAUGAAAUUCUAUUUCACUACCGUUUAUCAAGAAAUAUGGGUUGGCGUAGCAUUAACAGCUUAUGUCUAUUACAAAAUUUCAUAUGGUGGCAAAAAAGCAGUGGCAGACAAGUCCUCCAGUGCUGGCCAUCAUUAGAGAUCUCUUUUCUUGGAGUAUGAGCUUGGUGAUUCAUCAGCUUUGCUGUAAAUGAAGCAAGUUACCACCAUAGGGAAGUUAAUAUAGUUCUAGAACUGUUCCUAAUCCAUCUGCUGUAUUACAGAAAGAAUAAACAUAUGGAGUAAGAAGGAAUUAAACUUGUUGAAUGAA